CGGCGCGUCAGUCGGCGGCGAGAGUCCGGUGGUGGGUGCGGAGCCCGAGCCCGUUCCCGCGGCUUCAUCUUCCUCCCCGUCCCCCUCGUCCCUACCCCUCACCCUCUGCCCCCCAUCCCGGCUCCGUCACCCUCCCGCCCCCCUACACUCAGGACGAGAAUGCCCUGCCCGGAACAACCUAGCAGCGCCUAGAUGGCUUUGGUCACGGUCCAGCGGUCGCCUACCCCCAGCACCACCUCCAGCCCCUGCGCCUCGGAGGCCGACAGUGGGGAGGAGGAAUGCCGGUCACAGCCCAGAAGCAUCAGCGAGAGCUUUUUAACUGUCAAAGGUGCUGCCCUUUUUCUACCACGGGGGAAUGGCUCGUCUACACCAAGAAUCAGCCACAGACGCAACAAGCAUGCAGGUGAUCUCCAACAACAUCUUCAAGCAAUGUUCAUUUUACUCCGCCCAGAAGACAACAUAAGGCUGGCUGUAAGAUUGGAAAGUACUUACCAAAAUCGAACACGCUAUAUGGUGGUGGUUUCAACUAAUGGUAGACAAGACACGGAAGAAAGCAUUGUCCUGGGAAUGGAUUUUUCUUCUAAUGACAGUAGCACUUGUACCAUGGGCUUAGUCUUGCCUCUCUGGAGUGAUACCCUAAUUCAUUUGGAUGGUGACGGUGGGUUCAGCGUAUCAACAGAUAACAGAGUUCACAUAUUCAAACCAGUAUCUGUGCAAGCAAUGUGGUCUGCACUACAGAGCUUGCACAAGGCUUGUGAAGUGGCUAGAAUGCAUAACUACUAUCCAGGCAGCCUUUUUCUCACUUGGGUGAGUUAUUAUGAGAGCCAUAUCAACUCAGAUCAAUCUUCAGUCAAUGAAUGGAAUGCUAUGCAGGAUGUGCAGUCUCAUCGGCCUGACUCUCCAGCCCUCUUCACAGACAUACCAACUGAACGUGAACGAACAGAAAGGCUUAUUAAAACCAAAUUAAGGGAGAUUAUGAUGCAAAAGGAUUUGGAAAAUAUCACAUCCAAAGAGAUACGUACAGAGUUGGAAAUGCAGAUGGUGUGCAACUUGCGAGAAUUCAAAGAAUUCAUAGAUAAUGAAAUGAUAGUGAUCCUUGGUCAGAUGGAUAGUCCUACACAGAUAUUUGAGCAUGUGUUCCUGGGCUCAGAAUGGAAUGCCUCGAACUUAGAGGACUUACAGAACCGAGGAGUACGGUACAUCUUGAAUGUCACUCGAGAGAUAGACAACUUCUUCCCUGGAGUCUUUGAGUAUCACAACAUCCGAGUAUAUGAUGAAGAGGCAACAGAUCUCCUGGCUUACUGGAAUGACACAUACAAAUUCAUCUCUAAAGCCAAGAAGCAUGGAUCUAAGUGCCUUGUGCACUGCAAAAUGGGGGUGAGUCGCUCGGCCUCCACUGUGAUUGCCUACGCAAUGAAGGAGUAUGGCUGGAAUCUGGACCGAGCCUAUGACUACGUGAAGGAAAGGCGCACAGUGACCAAGCCUAACCCCAGCUUCAUGAGACAACUGGAAGAGUACCAAGGGAUCUUGCUGGCAAGCAAACAACGGCAUAACAAACUCUGGAGAUCUCAUUCAGAUAGUGACCUCUCAGACCACCACGAACCCAUCUGCAAACCUGGGCUCGAGCUCAACAAGAAGGAGAUGACCACUUCAGCAGACCAGAUUGCUGAGGUAAAGACUGUGGAGAACCUUGCAGCCAUGCCGCCUGUCUUUGUGGAGCAUGUGGCUCCACAAGAUGCAAAUCAGAAAGGGCUUUGUACCAAAGAAAGAGUCAUCUGCUUGGAGUUUUCGUCACAGGACUAUCAUGCCGGACAGAUUGAAGAUGAAUUAAACUUAAAUGACAUCAAUGGAUGCUCAUCAGGGUGUUGUCUCAAUGAAUCAAAAUUUCCUCUUGACAAUUGCCACGCAUCUAAAGCCUUACUGCAACCUGGACAGGCCUCUGAAGUGGCCAAUGAGUUCCCAGACUUAGCAGUGGAAGAUUUGGAGACAGAUGCACUGAAGGCAGACAUGAGUGUCCACUUACUGCCAAUGGAAGAGUUGACAUCGCGACUGAAAGACCUCCCCAUGUCACCUGAUCCGGAGUCACCAAGCCCCCAACCCAGCUGCCAAGCUGCCAUCUCCGAUUUUAGUACAGAUCGUAUUGAUUUCUUUAGUGCCCUUGAGAAAUUUGUAGAGCUUUCUCAAGAAACCCGGUCUCGAUCUUUUUCCCACUCAAGGACAGAAGAACUAGGUGGAGGAAGGAGUGAGGGUUGUCGCCUGUCAAUGUUAGAAGUAACGCCUUCCGAAAUGGCAGCUGAUGACCAGAGAAGCAGCUCUUUGAGUAAUACUCCCCAUGCAUCUGAAGAAUCUUCAGUGGAUGAGGACCAGUCAAAGGCAGUCUCAGAACUUGUCAGCCCAGACACCAUCAUGCAAUCUCACUCAGAAAAUGCAAUUUCAGUCAAAGAAAUUGUCACUGAAAUUGAGUCCAUUCGUCAAGGAGUUGGGCAGGGUCAGUUAAAAGGAGACAUACUCUCUAACCCAUGCCAUACACCAAAGAAGAACACCAUCCAAGAGCUGCCUCUGGAGAGGGCACAGGCCCCUGAGAACAAAGCUGGACAUUUGGAGCAAGACGAGAGUUUGUAUGCAGACCAGCCUGAACUAGCCGAAGAAUCAGGGAAGUGCAACUCAGAAGGCUGUCCAGCCACACACUCAUCCACAGUAGACUUGGAAGAAGAGGAACCAGGUGAGGGAGAACAGGACUGGGGCCCAGGGAUGCAGCCUGGUGCCAAGUGGUGCCCUGGGUCUGUGAAGCGAGCCACCCUGGAGUUUGAAGAGCGCUUGCGACAGGAGCAGGAGCACCAUGGCACUGCCUCUGCAGGUACCACAUUAUCCAAUCGCAAAAACUCUAAGAACGAUUCUUCUGUAGCAGACCUAAUGCCAAAAUGGAGAAGUGAUGAAACCACCCCAGAACAUUCAUUUCCCCUCAGAGAAGCAGAGAUGAGCAAGGGGAAAGGGAAACUGAGUGGGGCGGAAGCUGGACCACUAUCCCAUGCUGAGCAUAAUGCCACUGCUCCGGCCCCUGAGCUGCUGGAAAGUCAUCCCUUGCAAGCACCUCAGGACUGCCGAGGGUCAGACACUGGAACUAAGAAGCAGGAAGGAGAUAUAAAGAAGCAGAGGACUGUGAUUCCAAACCAGGGAUUCGAGAUACAGGCCAUCCCUCUUCCCCUUCCCAAGAGAAUAGAAAUCAUCGAGUACACACAAACAGUUACAUCACUUGAUCCCACUGAGCCAGGAGGUGAAACAGCACCCAGCAAAGAGGGUGAAAAACAAGGACUGAGGAAGGUGACGAUGGAGAGGCCUGUCGCUAUGUUUUGUGCGCUGGAUGAAAAUCUCAACAGGACUCUGGACCCCAGCCAGGUUCCCCUGCAUCCCCAAGUGCUACCUCUGCCUCACUCUUCCUCCGAGUAUGACAGGCUCACUGACCCAACCCCCAUCCUAAGUAGCCCUGAAGACAAGGGAAACAGCCCUUCAGUACCCUUGGAGAAAGCAGCACCUUUGGUCAGUUGCAGUACCCACAUAGCAUCCGCCAACUUGGAUUACCUGUAUCCCCAGUCUGUGGUUCACCUGGAAGGCUGCACAGAGCGGAGCAGCACCACAGACAGCGAGCCGUCCACAGAGCAGGUUAGCUGGGAAGACGGCCAGCAGGGCUUCCUUGUAGGUAGCAGUGGAACGGCACACAAGUUCUCUCAGUUAAGUAAUGAAGACCUAAGUUUAAUUAACAAACUUGGGGACAAUGUUGGGGUAUCACAGAAAAAACUGGACCCGUCAUCGUCACCUGAAGCCUGUCGAAUCCCACAUAGCUCUAGUAGUGAAAAUAUAAGAAAUCUCAGCCACAGCCCUGGUGUAGUGAAGGAGCGCACUAAAGAAAUUGAGUCUCGAGUGAUCUUCCAGGGAGGGGUCACCAAAACAUCACAAAUGAGGCGCUCGGCUUCUCUUGCCAAGUUGGGUUACCUGGACCUUUGUAAAGACUACUUAGCAGAGCGAGAGCUUGUCUCCUCGGAAUCCCCUCAUCUCAAAUUGCUUCAGCCCUUCAUCAGAACAGACUCAGGCAUGCAUGCCUUGAUGGCCCAGGAGCCCUCAGAAAGCCCAGGUGCCCACCAGAACCCACAGCCCACCAAGUAUUUCGUAGAGCAACUCAAAACAACAGAGUGUAUUGUGCAGAGCAAACCAGUGGAGAGGCCCCUUGUGCAGUAUGCCAAAGAGUUUGGGUACAGCCAGCAGUGUUUGCUCCCUAGGGCAAGACCAGAAUUGACUAGUUCUGAAGCAGGCCUUCCUUUGCUACAGACACAGGGUCUGCAGUGUACAGGCCCCGCUCCAGGGCUGGCCGUGGCACCCCGCCAGCAACACGGCAGAACUCACCCCCUUAGGAGACUGAAAAGAGCAAAUGAUAAAAAACGGACAACCAACCCCUUCUAUAACACCAUGUGAUCCUGAGCCUGCACACACGGUUUUCUAAGAGAAAUGUUUGUGAAGGGCGGUGUGAUAUGUGAGGAACGUGCACUUUAUCGUUAAUUUUAUAAUAUUUUGUCAUUUUACUGUU